AUGUCUCCUUAUCGCCUAGUUUAUGGGAAGGCAUGUCAUCUUCCCGUGGAGUUGGAACACAAGGCAUUUUGGGCACUUAAGAAUCUGAAUUUUGAUCUUUCAGCUGCGGGAAAGGCUCGGAAAUUGCAAUUAAAUGAGUUAGAUGAGUUGCACUUGUUUGCCUAUGAAAAUGCCAAGUUGUACAAGGAAAAGAUGAAGAAGUGGCAUGAUAGUAGGAUCAAAGAGAGAGUUUUUGUGAAAAAUCAGCAAGUGUUGUUGUUCAACUCAAGAUUGAAGCUAUUUCUGGGAAAGCUUAAGUCCCGUUGGUCGGGUCCAUUUACGGUUAUGGAAGUGUAUCCUUUCGGGACUGUUGUAGUGAAAGAUGAAAAGUCCGGAAGAGAAUUCAAAGUCAAUGGACAACGACUGGAACAUUAUUGGGCAGAAGAGAUGAAGAAGGUUGUGGAAGUGAAGGAAUUUUCAAUUGGGCAAAAGAAUUAA